AUGGGGGGUGUUGAAUUACUGCCCAAGGAGUAUGGAUAUGUAGUUCUGGCUCUCGUUUUUUACUGCUUUCUCAAUUUCUGGAUGGCCUUCCAAGUUGGCAAAGCUAGGAAGAAGUACAAGGUGUUUUAUCCUGUUAUGUACGUAGCAGAAUCUGAAAACAAGGAUGCCAAGUUCUUCAAUUGUGUUCAGAGAGGGCAUCAGAAUUCACUGGAAUUCAUGCCAAUAUUCUUCAUCCUGUUGGUUCUAGGAGGUCUCCAACAUCCAAUAAUUUCUGCUAGUUUCGGACUGGUUUAUGCCGUGGGUCGUUAUUUCUACUUCACUGGUUAUGCUACUGGAGUCCCUCGGAACCGUCUGAAGCUCGGGUUAAAGGAAUACACCUUGAGAAGGGGCGAGACAAAACCACACACCAAAUUAGCCGGUGGAUAUUCAAGAUGGAUGAUACCAGAAUUGGUUAUGUAUGCACUGAAUCUUAUUUGGUGCAAUGGCAUGAAUUUUAUUUGGGGUAUUAGUAUUUAAUAGACCAUUAAGUUGGUUUUGUAUCAUGAAUUGGGGUUUAGUUUGAGCAGUUGGUACAUUAUUUUUUUCUAUGAUGGUUAGUUGUGGUUUUAUGCUUGUCUUUCACCGGAAAAACAAGCACAAGAAGGUUAUUGGUGUGACCUACUGCUUAGGAACGUGAAUCUAAAGGAGCAAAUAAAAUGAUGGGUUAUUUAGAUACUACUUUCUUUACUUAUUAAAUAAUUC